AUGUAAAAUUAUUCUUAGGCAAAUCUAUUAAAAAGUUUUCGAAUCACUCAACAUUAAUUAAACCAGAUUUUAAAAUAAUAUCAAACUUAUGGAUUUACUUAAUCAUAGAUUUUACAAGCUUGGCAAAAGUGCAAUCAAGAUUAGUAUCUUUUCCAUGAUGUUCUAAUCUAAUUAGUGUACAAACUAUCUAAUUUAGUAAUGCCAAAAAUAGUAUAAGCAAUAACUUAUUAUAAUCGUAACUUAAUAUGAAAACUUUAAGUGAUCAAAAUCAAUUGCGAAAUUCUAUAUUUAUUCAAACAAGAGAAGAUCUUUAGUAUUUAUUAUUUGACUGAUAUUUAGAAAUUUUGAUCUACAAACUUUGUAAGACCAAUAUAGACCAAAUUAAAUCAAUUCUCCAAAUUGGAAACCAACAGGUUUGAUCAAUUUAGGAAAUAGUAAAUAAUAAUAAUAUUUUGAGCUUGCUAUAUUAAUAUUAUGCUUUAAUAUAUGUUUAAUAUAACUUCACUAAGAAAACUUAUUUUUAAGGUUUAGUUACCUAAUUAAAAGACAAAUGGAUAAAAAGUGAUAUAAAAAUUAAAAGAGUUAUUUGCAUUAAUGUAAUAAGGUAAUAGAAACUACUUAAAUCCUUGUGAAUUAAUUACAUCUCUUUAGGAAUAUAAACCAAGUAAAAUUGCAAACUAUAUAGAUAUUUUAACUAUUUAAGGUGAAUAGAAUGAUUAUAGUGAAUUAUAAUUAAUGCUAUUAGAUGCUAUAGAAAAUUCUUUAUUAGAUAUUAAUAAUGAGUAAAUAAUCUAAGAAUUUAAAUCUAUAUUUUAUGGCCAAUCAGAAGAGAAUAUAAUUGUUAAUAAUAAAGUUAUUAAAACCACACCAACUUAAUAUAGUUCUAUAACAAUAGAAUCUAAUUAAGAAAAUUUAUUAAAAGCAUUCAGUUCUUCAAGAAUAUUAAUUUUAGAUGAUUAUGAAAUUACUGAAAAGGUUUAUACAAAAGCCUUCAUUCAUUAAAACAUUAAAUCUGCACCAAAAAUCUUAUAAUUUUAUCUUAAUAGAGUAUUUUAUGAUUCUAAUUUAAAUCAACUUGUUAAAAAUAAUUCAGUUUUUAACUUUCCUUCAGUAAAAAUAUUUUUUAAUUUAGACAAUUGAUGUUAGUUAAUUCAUAUAAGAGGAAUCAAUAAUUUAAUCUAAAGAAAUGUAAGAGCUUUUAAAGAAAGAAUAAGAAAUUUUAUAUAAAUUAGAAUAAUGCGGAGAUUAAUAAUUGGAAUAACAAUUUCAAAAUUUUAUUAAACUAUUUUAAAAACAGCCAAACGAAUAAUUUAUUAUUGAUGCAAAUCCAAAUCUUUAAAAUCAUAUGGAAAUGGCUAAAUAAUUAUCUUUGUAUUAAGAAGCCUUUAAAGAUAAAAGAUAAUAAUUGUAAAUGGAGUAUAUAAAAAUAGAACAGUUGAAAAAAAGAGUUAUUGAAGCAAAGAAGAGUAUAUACCAAUUGACAGCUGUUUUGAUUCAUUCUGGUACAGCUUAAAGUGGUCAUUACUAUUGUUUUAUAUUUGAUGGAAUAAAUUGGUGGAAAUUUAAUGAUAGAGUAGUUACUUAAGUUGAAUUUCCAACAGUAUUUGCAGAAGCUUAAGGAAAAACUAAUUAAAAUACUAAUGUAUCAGGAUUAAUUUAUGAACAUUAAGACUAAAUUAAAUAGAAUAGAAAUAUUUCAUUAGGAAAUGAAAUGGAUAAAUUUGUUGAAUAAAAAAAUUAAGAAAUUUUGAUACUUAUGGAUCAAUAAAUAUUAUUAUAGAGAAAAUCUCGUAUAUUGUAGAGAGCUGCAGGACAUAGAAUAAUAUAUCCCAAAAGUGAUAUUAGUAAGGCCUUAAUUAAAUAUUAAUAUUUCGAAGAAUUUUUAAAUGGAAAUCCAAAUAGAUAUUAUUUUAUUAGACAUACUAUUUUAGAUGUAGUUUAUUAAUUUAUAUUGUUUAGGAAGAACUACAAUAAUUAAAUCAAAUACUAAAUUAUCCAUAAAAAAUUGAUGAAUAUAAAUAAUAUUUCAUUUAAAAUUCAGGAUUAUUUCCUCCUUCUUUUGAUUAGAUGUUUUAAUAAGAUUACAAAAAAUGCAAUUUUAUAAAUAAUAUAAUAGCUAAUUUUUAAAUUCCAUCAUCAGUAACAUCAAUUAAUUUUCAAUAAGUUGUUGCAUAAUUUUAAAAAUAUUGUUUAUAAAUUAAAAAUUUGGAUAAUUCAGUUUAUGAAUACAUGACUGUCAUAUUUUAAGCAAUUUUAUUGUAAGGUUGUUUUAUAUGUGAAUUAUUAAUACAAAAAAAUAAUUUAAUUGAAGCUAAACAAUUAACAUAAUUUAUCUUAGAAACUUUAAAAACUAGGUAAAAUAAUAUGAUAAAUUAAAAGUUAGUUAAUCCAAGCCAUAAUAACUUAACAACUUAGAGAAAAUAUGAAAAGUAUUAUAGAACAAUUAGAGGAACUUAGUAAAAAACAAAAUUAACAAUCAAAAUUAUAGAUUGUUCAACCUAGCAUUUUUGUUCCUGAUUCAAUAUCUAUUGUUAAUUAAAAUAAAUUAAAAGAUAUUUCGGAAAUAAUAAAUAAAUUUGAUGAACUAGUAUAACAUACAUAGGUAAAAAUAUGAAAAAUUUAAUUAUUAGUUAUGGAUUGGAUUUGUCAAUAAAAUAUUAAAAUCUAGUGAAAUUAUCCCUUAGUAAGUACGUUUAGAAAAAGAAAUGCCACUCUAUUUUGAGUAUAAAUUAUAUUGA